UGAAUCACAGAGUGAGAGAGAUAUUAAUCUGUUGAUCAAUCUGAGUCAACACAAUAGGUCCCAAAUCCUGGUGAAUCAAUCAUCAUCUAGGUAUCAUUCGCAAUCAUUGUCUUCCAAUCACACUAGCCUAUUUCCCUUGUCAUCCCAGUCGUGGCUUGAUUGACCAGUUACAACUCCCCGCGUACCUCCGCUUCGGCUGCGGAGACAUACAUAUCCCUUUGUUAUCAGCCUCACGGCCAAACCCCCUCGACAACUUUAAUUUCUUUCUUUUGUUGAUGAACCUCGGCCCCAGCGCACAAUAGUUGCCCUCUCAGAUUGCUGGAGGGCUCAUACGCGUGUUCGAAACGGAUCAGGGUACUGAGGAGGAUGAUAGGAACUCACAAUCGAUGGGUGUAAUACGGAAGAAGACCGCCUCACGCGGCACCGAAGCAGGCACCAAGUAUCACUGUGAUAUCUGCUCGGCAGAUGUGACGUCGACGGUUCGCAUAUCAUGCGCCCAUCCCGCCUGCCACGAAUACGACCUCUGUGUCCCCUGCUUUGCGGCUGGUGAGAAAUCGAAAAAUCACGAUCCAUCCGCCCAUCCGUACCAGGUCAUCGAACAGAAUUCGGUCCCCAUAUUUGAAGAAGAUUGGGGCGCCGACGAGGAACUACUGUUAUUGGAGGGUGCAGAGAUCUACGGAUUGGGAUCAUGGGCGGACAUUGCAGAUCACAUCGGCGGAUAUCGCACAAAAGACGAAGUGCGCGAUCACUACAUCAGGACGUACAUCGAAAGCUCUAAUUUCCCCCUACCCGAACGAGCGGAUCCCGAUGAUACGAGCCUACAGGAUUCCAUUUCCAAGGAGGAGUUCCAGGCCCGCAAGAAGCGACGUAUUGAAGAGCGCAAGGAAGCAGCGAAGGCGGCUCCUCCAACCACACCCAAGCAGAAACCCACUGCCAGUGUACCAGCUUGCCAUGAAGUACAGGGCUACAUGCCUGGUCGAUUGGAGUUCGAAACCGAGUUCAUGAACGAGGCCGAAGAGGCGGUGCAGCACAUGACCUUUGAACCGGGCGCUGGAGAGACGCCAAAUGGGGAGACGGAUGCGGAGAUGGAACUGAAGAUGACCGUGGUCGACAUCUACAACUCGCGUCUGACUGCGCGGACGGAGCGGAAGAAGAUUCUGUUCGAACACAAUCUCCUGGAAUACCGGAAGAACACGGCAUUGGAGAAGAAGCGCACCAAGGAAGAAAAGGAUUUGCUGAACAAGGCCAAACCAUUUGCGCGGAUGAUGAACCAUGACGACUUUGAGGAGUUCAACAAGGGCCUAGAGUACGAGCACAAUCUUCGGUUGGCCAUUGCGCAGCUGCAGGAAUGGCGCCAGAUGGGCAUUGGCGACCUCAAGGGCGGAGAAAAGUACGAGCAAGAGAAACAGCAGCGUGCGCAAAGACUCCUGCCGCAGGGAUCUUUCGAUCGUUUCGCCAGCACACGCCCGAAGCAGACGCAGCAGCCUGAGCAGCCGACCGCGGCCAGUCAAUUGACAACACCCGAGCUUCCUCUGCGCUUACAAAAAGCUUCAGGUGCAAACAAGGCUCCCGAGCCAGCCAACGUCCCCUUGAACGAUUUCGACUGGGCUUUCGCCAGUAACGGAGACGGACUGAAUACACCCCAGCCCACCAAAACCAAAUUUGUGGUGCAACCACUGAACGGAGUGAUCCCGUGGAAGCUAGAGAACGAGGGCGCACCAGAUCUGCAUCUCUUGACCAAGGAGGAAGUGGAGCUCUGCAAUGUACUACACAUCCAACCCAAGCCAUACCUGGUGAUCAAAGAGACGCUGUUGAAAGAGGCGAUGAAGCAAGGGGGAAGUCUCAAGAAGAAGGAUGCACGGGCUAUUUGCAAGAUUGAUACUACAAAAACAAGUCGAAUUUACGAUUUUAUGGUGCACAGCGGAUGGAUCAACAAGGCGUGAUUAACCUGGGCCGAUCUUUACACAAGUUGAUGCGUACAUUUGAUAUCCAAGAUCACUGCCGUAAAAGGAGUUCGGGCGUUGACGACGGGGGAGGGAAUUUGACGAGUUCAGUAUGGCAUGUCUGAAGCGAGUAAAUAGUUGUAAAUAUAUCUUCAUUUUUAUUCUCAUAAUGAUCUUCGAAC